AGAGGCAGCAGCGGCCGGCGGGAGGGACGCGGCGGGGAUCUCGGUGGGAGUGCAGAGGAGCCCAGGCGGCAGCGGGGCUGCGGGGCGGCGGGAGCGGGGCCUGCGGACUCCAUGGCGCCAGCGGCGUCCGUCUGAGUAGCGGCGGGCGGAUCCGGCCGCGGCUUCUCCUCGCCAUGGGAGACAUACUGUCCACACACCUGGAUGACGCGCGGCGCCAGCACAUCGCAGAGAAAACUGAGAAGAUCCUCAGAGAGUUCCUUCAUUUCUAUGAGGACCAAUAUGGUGUCUCCCUCUUCAACAGCAUGCGACAUGAGAUCGAGGGCACCGGGCCACCGCAGGCACAGCUGCUCUGGCGCAAGGUGCCCCUGGAUGAACGCAUCAUCUUCUCCGGGAACCUUUUCCAGUACCAGGAAGACAAUAAGAAGUGGAGAAACCGCUUCAGCCUGGUGCCCCAUAACUAUGGGCUGGUGCUCUAUGAGAACAAAGUGGCCUAUGAGCGGCAGAUACCACCCCGAGCCGUCAUCAACAGUGCGGGCUACAAAGUUCUCACCUCUAUUGACCAGUAUCUGGAGCUCGUUGGCAAUUCCCUGCCAGGGACCACAUCAAAAUCAGGCUCCGCCCCCAUCCUGAAGUGCCCAACGCAGUUCCCUCUCAUCCUGUGGCAUCCUUAUGCCCGGCACUAUUACUUCUGCAUGAUGACGGAAGCGGAACAGGACAAGUGGCAGGCGGUGCUUCAGGAUUGCGUCCGACACUGCAACAACGGGAUCCCCGAGAACUCAAAGGUGGAGGGCCCUGCAUUCACAGAUGCCAUCCGCAUGUACCGCCAGUCGAAGGAGCAGUACGGCACCUGGGAAAUGUUGUGUGGGAACGAGGUGCAGAUCCUAAGCAACCUGGUGAUGGAGGAGCUGGGCCCAUCGCUGAAGGCAGAGCUUGGUCCACGGCUGAAGGGAAAGCCUCAGGAGCGCCAGCGACAGUGGAUCCAGAUCUCGGAUGCUGUAUACCGCCUGGUAUUUGAACAGGCCAAGGUGCACUUUGAGGAGGUGCUGUGUAAGCUCCAGUUGGCCCGGCCGGCCAUGGAGGCAGUUAUUCGCACCGACAUGGACCAGAUCAUCACCUCCAAGGAGCAUCUGGCCAGCAAGAUCCGAGCCUUCAUCCUCCCCAAGGCAGAGGUGUGCGUGAGGAACCACGUCCAGCCCUACAUCCCAUCCAUCCUGGAGGCUCUGAUGGUGCCAACCAGCCAGGGCUUCACCGAGGUGCGGGAUGUCUUCUUCAAAGAGGUCACAGACAUGAAUCUGAAUGUGAUCAACGAGGGUGGCAUUGACAAGCUGGGCGAGUAUAUGGAGAAGCUGUCCCAACUGGCGUACCACCCCCUGAAGAUGCAGAGCUGCUAUGAGAAGAUGGAGCCCCUGCGGCUCGAUGGGCUGCAACAGCGCUUCGAUGUGUCUAGCACUUCUGUGUUCAAGCAGCGAGCCCAGAUACACAUGCGAGAGCAAAUGGACAACGCUGUGUACACCUUCGAAACCCUCCUGCACCAAGAGCUGGGGAAGGGACCCACCAAGGAGGAGCUGUGCAAGUCCAUCCAGCGGAUUCUGGAGCGAGUGCUGAAGAAAUAUGACUAUGACAGCAGUUCUGUGCGCAAGAGAUUCUUCCGAGAGGCACUGUUGCAGAUCACCAUUCCCUUCCUGCUCAAGAAGCUGGCCCCCACCUGCAAGUCGGAGCUGCCACGCUUCCAGGAGCUGAUCUUUGAAGACUUUGCCAGGUUCAUCCUGGUGGAGAACACGUAUGAGGAGGUGGUGCUGCAGACAGUCAUGAAGGACAUCCUCCAGGCUGUGAAGGAGGCCGCAGUGCAGCGCAAACACAACCUUUACCGGGACAGCAUGGUUCUGCAUAACAGUGACCCCAAUCUACACCUGCUGGCUGAGGGUGCACCCAUUGACUGGGGCGAACAGUACAGUGACAGUGGUGACGGCAGUGACAGUGGUGGCAGCCCCUGCCCCUCUGAAGCAGCCACCCUCACAGAAAAGCGCAGGCGUGCCAAGCAGGUGGUAUCCGUGGUCCAGGACGAGGAGUCAGGGCUACCCUUUGAGGCUGGCUCUGAACCGCCAUCACCUGCAUCCCCGGACAAUGUCACCGAGCUCCGAGGCCUGUUGGCUCAGGACCUGCAGGCUGAAAGCUCCCCACCAGCCAGCCCCCUUCUCAAUGGGGCUCCUGUCCAAGAGAGCCCCCAGCCCGUGGCAGUCCUGGAGGCCUCACCACCAGCCUCACCCCUCCAGCACCUCCCACCUGGAAAAGCUGUGGACCUUGAGCCCCCUAAACCCAGUGAUCAAGAGACCGGGGAGCAAGUGUCCAGUCCUGGUAGCCGUCCCCCCAUCCAUACCACCACCGAGGACAGUGCCGGAGUGCAGACAGAGUUCUAGGCAUGGCCUCCUGGCUUCUGUUGGACUCUGCACCAGGGCGCUUUUCCUUGGGCACCACAGCCUCAUCUCUGGGGAGGGGUACUCCAGCCUGUGCCUUUUGGGGAAGGUGGCUGGGGGCGGGGUGCCCUCCAGGGGUCUGGCCUACCCAAGUCACUUUAUGGGGUUCAGUACACCUGUUACUGCCCCGUUUUCUAAGGGCUGGUUUCUGAUGCUGGGUCUGGUUUUGAGGGUUUCCUCCUUGUGCAAGGGGCAGGGGAGCCCCUCCAUCCUGCCAUUGUGCUGUUACCUGUUUUCCCUCAUGGUGGUUCUUGACGGAGGUAGAUGAAAGCAUUGGUGCUGUGACUCAUGUCUAGGAACCUGGGAAGCUGUCAUCUCACUCUGGGGCUCCUUGGUACCAAACUGGCAAGGAAGAGGCGGAGGUCCGGCCUCUUGUCCCACCUACUCCCUGCAGAUUCCAAGGUUAGACACUAGAGCGGUCACUGGCCUCACUUUGCUGGCUACUGCUGUGGGAAGGUGGGGCUUGGGGGGAGGUUUAAGGGGAGUCAUGCGAGGCUGUAAUGGAAUGAGAAAGGCCCAGAAUGUGUUAGUCUGCGCAGGGGAAGUGUCCUGAGGGGAGGGAGCUUGGGAGUGUCUAAGGCCUGGAUGGCAAAGUGAAGGUAGUGGAAGUUGGAGUAUCCUGGGUGCCCACUGCUCAUCUGUCUGUCCGUCUGCUCUUACUUUGGGCUGACAACUGCUCGUUGGCAGGGCUUAAAUGUGGGCUGUCUCACUACCUGCCAGGAAGCUGGAGGGGCUCCUGAGGAACAUUGAGGCCAUGGCUGAGACACUGUUGAUCAUAUUUGGCCUCUGCACCCCGUGUCACAUAAUCCUGACAAUUCCAGACCCCCCUUCCAAUGUCCUUGUGAGCUAUAUGGGCUUGUCUUCCCUCUUAGUCACAAGGAUCAAGCCAAGGGUCAGUCAACUAAAUGGCUCUAACCCCAGCCUCUGCUGCCAGAAUUAGGAGAGCAAAGCAGAAACUGCAGUUACAAGGCCCCCAGGAUGAGGGCCCAUCCCAGUCCUGUGUCCCUUGUUCUGUGGACCUGCUCCCCAGAUAGAGGCCUCAGACCCACAGGACGUGGCCGGUGCGCAGGGACUUCCAGUCCCCGGCCCUCGCUCCAUUGAGUACUGACUUCUUUCCAUGUUCUCUAGUGCCUUGGGGGUUUCCAUCAUCCUUCCAGAUAUGGUAUGAAGAACCUAUGCAAACUGUGUAAGCUUCUGCUCAUCAAUAAAUGCUUUAUUUAAAGCUCA